CCCAAUCUGUGGUUCCAUAUUUGUCGAUCCUCGCGUUAGGGUUUACCCACCACGGCGUUGCUGUUGGUUUACCUCCUGAUGAAGCAAUGCGUCAUGGUUGGAGGGUUCGGUGAUACUGGGAGGCUUCGUUUGACGACCCCCCGCGCGCCAUUUUAGAGCCGUGCCAUUCUUAUUAUUUCGAAGUUUGAUACUGUAAUGUGGUGUAUGGGCGAAACUGUACAAAAGGUGCCUUUGCGUUGUUGUGCAUCUGCAUGAUUUUUAUAGGCUAAUGGUCCAUUAGUCCAUAUGACUGAACAGAGGUGCCUUUGUGUUGUUGGGCAUCUUCUUGAUUUUUAUAUGGUGAUGGUCCAUUAGUCCAUAUGUGAUGUACAGGCAAAACUGUACAAGCGGUGCCUUUGCUUUGUUGUGCAUCUGCAUGAUUUUUAUGAAAUUGAUGGGAAAUAUUUCUUAGGCUAUCAUCAGUGAAGCAUGCAGCACAAGAAACAGCUGUUUGUUGCUUGGUUCAUGUACAGACUGGUUGUGCUGUUAGUAUCUCAGUGACAUGUGCACAGUGCGCAAUGUCCUUUCAUGUUGUUGUGGAAUGCCAACUGGAUAAUAAAUUGCAUGGGAGUACCAAGGUUGUUGCUUGCACAUACUAGUAGGGAUCCUGUUAUGUUAAAAUGCCUGUGCAAAUUACAUUUUUUUUGGGGUUCGUAGCAUCUUAGCAUUUCCUUGUUCUAGGAAGAGAGAAGCAUUUCGUUGUAUUGCCCAAACCUUUAUCUAUUUCAGAAAACAUCUAAUCAGUAAAACUUUAUUUACUAGCUGCAUCAUGUUCGUUUCAUAAAAAAAGCCCACCAUUCAAAAACAGGGAGGCAUUAUCUUUGCAAUAUGUUAUAUCAAAAUGUUUUCAUGUUUGUUUCAAAUGCCUUGUAGUUCCAUUUUGUAAGACGACACAACUGGAUCUUUUUCAACUUUUGUUGAAUUAUUCAUAUAUAUCAUUUUUUUAUGCAGGUUUUCAGCAUGAUUUAUCAUGUUCGUAGCUUUGAGUUACUGAAGGCAUGUAUUGAAGACAUACUCUCUACAAUAAAACCAGGGGAAGAUGAUCGAAAGAAACGAUUGUGUGCAAUUCAGGAGCUAGCGGAUUCCAUUUACUCAGUUGGGGCCUUGAGAGGUGCUGCUGUCAAACCUUUUGGAUCCUUCAUAUCAAACCUUUAUGCAAAGUCAGGUGAUUUGGAUGUUUCAGUUGAUCUCUGGAGCAGCUCAAGAAUCCCUAUAAGCAAGCAAAAGAAGCAAAAUGACUUGAGAGAACUGAAGAGAGCUUUACAAAUUAGAGGUGUUGCUAGAUAUAUGGAGUUCAUUCCUAAUGCGAGGGUUCCUAUAAUUCAGUACAUGAGCAACCAAUUUGACAUUUCCUGUGAUAUAUCAAUUAACUACUACCCUGGUCGGAUGAAAUCCAGAAUCUUCUACUGGAUCAAUACCAUAGAUGAGCGCUUUGGUGAUAUGGUUCUAUUGGUCAAGGAAUGGGCAAAAGCUCAAAAUAUUAACGACCCAAAAAAUGGAACCCUGAACUCAUAUUCGCUGUGCCUACUUGUCAUUUUUUAUUUUCAGAGAUGUGAGCCUGCAAUUUUGCCACCUCUGAAGGAGAUUUAUGAUGGGGAUGUUGCAAAAGAAAUGGUGUUUUAUGAUGAGAAAUAUGUUGAUGAGGUUUGUGCGGCAAAUAUAGCAAGGUUUCUACGCCAGAACAUGGGACAAAGAAAUCAGACCUCUCUUUCAUGUCUGUUUACAUCCUUUUUCCAUGAGGACAACCCAAGGUGGAUGGCCAAAUCAUACAGCUUGUUUGUCGAAGAUCCAUUUGAGAGACCUGAUAAUGCCGCUAGAACAGUUGAUGCGGAGGAGAUGGAACGUAUUGGGCGUGCUUUCAAUCAUAUGAGCAGUAGGUUUGUUGGUGGUGCACUCAAUGACCGGGAUGAAUUGGUGUCACUGCUGUGUACACCUGCUGUUGGAUCUAGUCUUGGGGGAGUCAGGGCCAACCGCUGCACAAAUACUCCGCCAAGUCAGCUGUAUUCACCUGCGCCAGCUAAUCUAUAUGACAAUCAACAUCGCCAGCAAGCCAGAGGUUCUACGGGAAGCAGAUCAGGCUCACAGUCACAGGGGUAUGCUACAGGACGCCAGAUGGCACGGCCUGACCUGUAUCAUAAACAAUCGCAAGCCUAUAAUGCAGAGGGCAUGACAGCAGGACAGUUUCAGAAUGUCCAUCGUCCAGAGGCUUAUACUGCAGGGCUUCAAACAGCAGUACCGCUCCAGUACAAUGAUUAUGCACGGUCGCAUGCAUCAGGGAGCCGAACAGUAGGCCGAUACCAGAACCAGCAGCAGAGAAGGGAGUACUCGCCAUACCAGCAUGCUGGCACUACAAGGCACGAGCCUGCAGGUGGACGCUGGUUCCACGAUGCACCAGCACGGGACUCUGGGUAUCAAGCCUCCUCCAGCAAUACAUGGCCAUGGUAACAGCCAUUGUGUCGAGGUGGCAGCUGCAUCAACUGACCAAUAGCGACUCAGGAUAGCAGCAGUAAAUCAUCAGCUUUUGCGCAAUGAUAUGGAUGUAUUUAUGAUAUUAGCAUAGCUUUUGCCUGACUAUGCAUCAACAUGUGGGAGCUUAGCUCAUGUCGUAAUGAUGCUGAUAUGUUAAUUUUGGACCUAUCCCUUAUCGCAGUAAGCCUGGAACUUUGAUAUAUUCAGUCAGUGUAAUAUACGCUGUAGUACUGAAUACGACUGUAAGUUAACCGCCAAGUUGCAGUUUCAUUACUAGACUGUUUUUUAUGGAAUCAUCAAGGAAAUCUUGCAUUGACAUUUCGUCAA